GUGUCGUCGACGGUUUGUUAGUUCGCGUGACAGGCCCUGUCAAAGCCCCACGUCGGGAUGACACGAGUGCCAUUCUCGGCGCUUUAGCCACUGUUCUCUUUUUUUUUUCAUCCUCUCUCUAUCUCUCUCUCUCGCUGUAAGCUUUUGUUUUACCUCUUUCAUAAAUCCAUUAUCGCACUCAUCCCAUCAGCCGCGGGGCGAGUUGUUGGGAUGGUUCCGAGUAUAGUGCAGUACUCCGCAACGGCGGCGCAGGUGAAAUGGAUGUCGUAAAUAGCCGGGGUGAACAUUCUUCAUGUCCGAGUUGCCGCGGUGGUGAACAGGCACGUCAGCUGACGCGGAUUCCCGUCGAGGGGGGAAUAAUUAAAAGGGAAGCAAACGUUUUCCCCGAAUGGCUCUGGAAUUCUGAGUCGAAUUUCGGGGCCCUGAAGUUGAGCUUUUGUGCAUCACGCUGGGACCCGCAGGCUGUGACAGAAUGCGGCUGGGGGAAUCCUGCGAAUGUGUACAUCGACCGCCUGCCCAGGAGCGAGCCGCACGCCGUCGUUCGCCUUCGGGGAUCUCCGUGA